AUGGUUAGGAACCAUCCAGAGAGCUUAAAUAUGAAAAAGUCGGCUGGUCCCGACGGCAUUCAGCCGGCCAUUAUGAAACCAUUGGCGGGCAUCUUAGCUCGACCAAUGCGUCAGCUAUUUAGGCUAAGCUUAGGAAAAGGCAUCCUACCACGGGACUGGAAAACAGCCACCGUGGUAGCCAUAAAUAAAGGAGGGUCCAGGUCAGAAGUAAGCAACUACAGGCAGGAGGAUCCGCAGAAACGGCAAACUCCCCUGGUGGUCCAGCAGGGUAGCAAAGGCAUAGCCCCAAAAGCGUCAAGCUGGGAGGCAGUACCUGAAGAUCCGAAGUCACCAAAGAUUAAGAAUUACAGGCUAGCUAAGCUCAAACACAAGGGAAUAUGCGGGAAGAUACAUAACUGGAUCAGGGAAUUCUUGACCGGUGGCACGUUUAACGUGGGUAUUGGAGACAAAGUAUCAGCUAAAGCCAUACCCACUAGUGGAGUACCACAUGGCUCAGUGCUUGGUCCCUUACUGUUUCUCAUUUGUAUAGACGACUUGGCUGCCAUCCGACGUUCGUCAUGCUACAUCUUUGCAGAUGAUGUCAAGAUAGUGGUAUCAGCCAGUCGGCAGCAAUUGCAGGAUGAGCUGCGUAGAGCAAAGGAAUUCGGUUGGUUUGGACCUGACGAAGGCUUGGGGUCCUCACCCACAAUGGACAAUUUGGCUCCGACCAUGGUUGUUGGGCAUGGCUGUUUCCACCGUUUUGACUUCAUGCGUCCGCGUUCCGGACCAGGUUGA